GGAGCCUCGCGCUACCCCUCCCAUCCCCUCCUCGGGACCUAUCCCCGCUGCUGGUUCCCGGGAGCGUUCUGGGUCCAUCCCGGGGCAGAGCGUGUGCGGACGCCGGGCGGCCGAGUCCUCUCCGCCUUGCGCCGGAGGCGGCGUGCGGGCCGCGGCUCGGUGCUGGGGCGGGCCGAGGGGCGCGGGCCCGGAGCCGUCUUCUCUUCCAUCACCGUUUCUCCCGUAAAAGUGGGGAGAUAAAUCAGCAGCAGUGGGUUCGAAUGAUUGGUAUUGCUGAAGGAGGAGGACAGAGGAAGUGUGGAGAUGCGUUGGAGGCCCACCGUGCAGGCAAAAAGUACCUAGGGCCAGCUCCCAUUCAGGCUGCCACAACGGCUCCCAUGACCUGAUGGCUUAGCACACUGUUGGUGCUUAGUAAGUGUUUGAGGGAUGCCGGAAGGACCAUCUGUGAGAAAGUUUCACCAUUUGGUCUCCCCCUUUGUGGGGCAGGAGGUUGUCAAGACAGGGGGCAGCAGUAAGAAGCUGAACCCUGCCAGCUUCCAGUCCCUGUGGCUCCAAGACACCCAGGUCCAUGGAAAGAAAUUAUUCCUUAGAUUUGAUCCAGAUGAAGAAUUUGGGUCCCUUGGCAACAUCUCACUGCCAGAGUCUCUAGAAAAAGGAGAGAGGAAGGAAGAGGCCUCGGACCAAAAGCAGGCCUCGGGACCCAGCAGCCAGAAGAUCUCUCACUCGUCCUCUCAGUCCCUGGAGCUUGUUGCUCCCAGGGGAGACCAUGGUUUGGAGCGUUUGUGUGGAGACACGCCUGCAGAAGGUGCUGAGAGGUGGCUGCAGGUCAGCUUUGGUUUGUUCGGCAGCAUUUGGGUGAACGAAUUCUCCAGAGCGAAGAAAGCAAACAAGAGGGGCGACUGGAGGGACCCCAUUCCAAGGUUGGUCCUGUACUUUGGUGGUGGUGGCUUCCUGGCAUUUUAUAAUUGUCAGAUGUCUUGGAGCUCUUCCCCCGUGGUCAGACCCACCUCUGACAUCUUGUCGGAGAAGUUCGAUCGAGGACAAGCCUUGGAAGCUCUGGGCCAGGAGCAGCCUGUCUGCUAUACACUCUUGGACCAAAGAUACUUCUCAGGCUUAGGGAACAUCAUUAAGAAUGAAGCCUUGUACAGAGCUGGGAUCCAUCCCCUUUCUCUUGGUUCGCUCCUCAGUCCUCAGCACCUCGAGGCCCUCGUGGAUCAUGCGGUGGAGUUCAGCGCAGACUGGCUUCAGGGCAAGUUCCAGGGCAAACAGCAGCACACGCAGAUCUACCAGAAAGAGCAGUGCCCUGGAGGGCACCGGGUCAUGAAAGAGGCGUUUGGGCCUCCGGGAGGCUUCCAGAGGCUCACCUGGUGGUGCCCGCAGUGCCAGCCCAGGCUGCCACCCGAUGGGCAAGCGUAGGUCCAGCUCUCCUAGGGGUGCUCCCGCCCCAUCUGCACAGAACCUGACCCUUCAGGGGCCGUGACUCCUGAAUGUCCAGAAAGAGGGGUGUUGUCAGUGUUUGGGCCUAGCUACAGGAAUUAGAGGGCUGGUUGGGGCAGGGGGAUGGAUGUCAGGACUGUUGCUAGCCAUCACUGGAGUUCGGUGGAAGGCGGUUUCUAUAGGGUUAGUUUUUUUUUUUUCUUCUUCUUAUUUUGGUUAAUUCUUCCCAUCUAAUUCUGCCAUUGUGAAAGAUGAGGAAAAGUCACAAGGACGGUAAAAGGAAACACCUCCCAGUGCGGCAAUGAAAAUGAAAGCACCUGAAAGCAGCUGUGCCUCAACAUUGCUUUGCAGGUGUUUGGUUUUGUGUUUGGAACCUUGGUUGUUAGGCCCUCCAUUUGAAAAAAUGGGAAAACGGAAUUCCCUUCCUUUGUUCCCCUAGAGGGAUCCAGCAGUGAGGAUGGAUUAGCACAGGAGAAGAGGCUGAGGCUGACUCAGCCUCCCGCCUGAAUCCUUUCCCGUGGGAUGGAGACCCCAAGAGAAGGGUGGGAGGAGGAGAGGGACCAGGGAAUUGGCCACCUUCCUGCUGUUCCCAGUGGGCUUUAGAAAAAAGUAUUUAUGUUCUCGUAAGGUGAUAUAUUUGUGACUGUUGGUAUGUUGAACGGUGCAGGAGUCAAGGGUGGUAGAGACACACUGUCAGGUUGUUAGUGACAGCUAGAAGAAAGUAGGACGGUGACAGGAAAAUACAGCUCUUUGUUAUUUUCUGUUGUUGUCUUUAUUUGGCGGUCAAGGCUCUUUACACUGCGAAUAACUGAGCUCCUAGUGAAGGUGGCUAAGUGGGGCUCACUGAGUUGGCCUGAUGGGUCCACUUCAGAGGAACAGGGUAGGGAGGGGGUGAGCAUGCAGCUGCUCUUCUGUCCAUAGGUGCGCUGCCCUACAUGAAAUCUGGCAGAGCACAGAUGGAUUUCUUUCUGUUGCAUCAGCCUCUGGCCUGCAGAAGGUAGUGAUUUGCAUGAGUGAACGUACUGUGCCCAGCACCUCCCCAAGAGUUGUUAACAGUGGGGAAAGCCCCAAUGGCAGACGUGUAACCUGUAGAAUAGUUCAUCUGUACUGAGUUCUUCCCAUGGAAAGCCUUUAGCCUCAUCUUGCCAUAUCAUCUGCAGAAAUCCCCAUGGUGAUGAGUACUCACUGUAAGUGUUCUAUAGAUGAGGAAACUGAACUCCAGACCAGAGGCUGAGGAACUUGCCUAAGAUCACAGGGUUAACAAGGCUCAAGGGCACGCACUUAAUCACCCACUACUUUGUGGUCCCCUCGGUAUCAGGCCUUUGUAACUGUGCCCAGCACCGCCCUAACAGCUGGUUGACACCAUUAGGAGGAUGUCCCUGAAAGUAGCCAAGCUUCCUUUGAUCCCUCUGUUCUGACAAUAGACCACUAGGAAGAAUCGUCACCUGUGGUGUCUCACAGAUGAAGGGUUCUAUCAUCAAAUAAUGCUCUGUCCCCCUCUUGGACCUUUGUGGAGCUCAUAAAAGCGUCCCAAGAAAUUCUGCAGUAGAGCAAAGUAAAACACUUUGUUUCCAAACCUCAUUUUACCGUGAAACCCAUUUUACCAUUACCCUUCUUUGGGACAGAGUGUAGAAAAGGGUGUAAUCCAUUAAGAUCCAUCCUUUGAAUCUGCUUUCAAAUGUGCCUCUCCGUGGUCUGUUUUUCCUUUGGAUCCUUUCCUGCAACCAGUUUUAGCAACCCGGUUCAGUCAUGGCAGUUCUGACGUCGAAUCUGUAUCCUUCCUGCUUUGUGUUUCCUUUGCAUCACAUAUUUUAAAUAAUCUUACACAACUGUACCUCAGUUAUCUCUUUUACUUGACAGAAGCACCAGUUCUUUUGGCCUUAGAUUAUGCAUGCCUAAGUAAACACCUCGGUCUGGGAGACUUAAACCACAGAAAUUGCUGGUCUCGCGGUCCCAGAGGCUGGAAUUGUCCCAUCAAGGUGCCGGCAGGUUGGUCUGUCCCGGGCUCUCCCUCCUGGCCUUGCAGCUGUGUCCUUGCUGUGCUCUCUCAGGCCCUUUCCUCUAAGUGCAGGCACUCCUGGGGCCUCUGCCUCUCCUUAGAAGGACACCAGUCCUAUAGAAGGAUUAGGGCCCCACGCUUAUGACCUCAUUUCACCUUAUUUACGUCUUUAAAGGUCCUAUCCAGAUAUCCCACAUGGUUAAGGCUUAAAUGUCAGAAUUCGCCGGGGGGUGUGGUAGGGGGUAAUGGACACAAUUGAGUCCAUAACAGGAUACAGGGGUGUUUUGGAGAGAAUCUUCAAGUUCUCAGAGGCCAUGUCUCCACACUUUUUUUUUUUUUUAACUUGAAUUAGUUUGUAAAACCCUACUUCCAGACCAGAUGCUGUGAAAAUACUAUUUGAGUUAAUUGCUAUUUGUAUCUACAAGAACAUAUUUAUGCACUUUUACAUGUGUGUGUGUACACACACACCCAUGUAUGAAAAUAUAUGUGUGUGGGGCAUCUGGAUGGCUCAGUUAAGUGUCUGCCUUCAGCUCGGGUCUACCUUCAGUUCAGGUCAUGAUCUUGG